GAGGCAAGAGCGUUAAACGAAAUAAAUCAAGUGAGAAGAUUAUUGUUGACGCUGACCAAUCAACCAGUGUUCCCUCUACAGAUGUACAACAAGUAUUCACUAUUCUCAUCACCGAUGACAUGAGCGAAACAGAUGAGAUCGUCGAUGUAGAAAAUACUACAGAAAGAGCGGAAGAA